ACGAGCAGUCACUAUGGUGACAUUGCAAAGUGUUAUUGGCUAGAAAUGUAUAAUGGCAAAAUCUACAGCAGAAGAACACACUCGAAAUUCAACAAAGUGGUGUGAGAUCUGACUAACCUUGCUGCUCACGCUGUUCUCUUUUGCGUAGACACGCCGUUCACCGGUUCCCGUAAAAUCUCUGCAAUUCUGAUCAGCCAACAAGCAAAUUAGAACACAUUUUUGAUUAAAUUUACUGUAUUUGAUUCAUUUCGUUAAUUGAAUAGAUCAUCAAUGAAUAUAUUUAGGUUAGCGGGUGAUAUGACUCACCUCGCUAGCGUUCUAGUCUUGCUCCUUAAGAUCCACACCAUCAAAUCUUGCGCUGGAAUUUCUUUGAAAACUCAAGAACUCUAUGCUCUAGUUUUUGCUACUCGCUACUUGGAUAUAUUCACGGAUUUCAUAUCCUUUUACAAUACUAUCAUGAAGCUAAUAUUUCUAGGAAGCUCAUUUUUGAUAGUUUGGUACAUAAGGAACCACAAAAUUGUCAGCAGGUCUUAUGAUAGAGCUCAAGACACCUUCCGCCAUCAUUUUAUUAUACUACCUUGCUUCCUCUUGGCCCUUAUUGUGAACGAGAAAUUUAUGUUUAAAGAGGUCAUGUGGACGUUUUCCAUCUAUUUAGAAGCUGUUGCCAUACUUCCUCAGCUUGUUCUGUUGCAGAAAACUAAAAAUAUUGACAACUUGACUGGGCAAUAUGUAUUUCUUCUUGGUGCCUACCGAGGUCUUUAUAUUCUGAACUGGAUCUAUCGCUACUUCACUGAGCCACACUAUGUCCAUUGGAUAGCUUGGAUUUCAGGGCUUGUACAGACAUUGCUGUAUGCAGACUUCUUCUAUUACUACUUUGAGAGCUGGAAAAACAACAAGAGGCUCCAGUUACCAGCCUGAGUCAUUCCGGGAAGGAUAGAAUGAUGUUUUGAUUCAUCAACAACAGCAAUAGCAGAUCUAGUUUUGUUUCAUGCUAAUGAUUUAUUAUUAUAGCUUAGAUUCUUUGAAAAGUAGGAAACAUUACUUUAUUUACAUUUAUUCAGAUUUUACCUAUGUAGCUGAGUUAUGCCAGAAUAUUGUACUAUUAGUUAUUUUUCUUCA